GCCCGACCCGGCCCGGACCGGCCCAGUGAAAUACUACAUCGACCCACCCCGGCUAGCGUAUCGGCCUUCUCCUUGUCUCCCCGUCGUCGCUGUGGCCGUCCUCCGAUCGAGCCAUGGAUCCGGCGCGCCGCUCCCGCCUCCCUACCCAUCUCCUGCUGGUGGCCGUGACGUUACUCGCGGCCCUGGCCGCGCGAUCCGGCGCCGAGGUCAUCACCCUCACCGAAGAGACCUUCUCCGACAAGAUAAAGGAGAAGGACACAGUGUGGUUUGUGCAAUUCUGCGUCCCUUGGUGUAAGCACUGCAAGAGCCUAGGAACUCUUUGGGAGGACCUUGGGAAGGUUAUUGAAGGUACGGAUGAAAUUGAGAUCGGAAAAGUUGAUUGCGGUGCAAGCAAACCAGUCUGCUCAAAGGUGGACAUUCAUUCAUACCCAACAUUCAAGGUGUUCUAUGAUGGCGAAGAAGUUGCAAAAUAUAAAGGGCCUAGGGACGUGGAGGCUCUCAAGACCUUUGUGUUGAAGGAAGCUGAGAAAGCAGGAGAGGUGAGGCUUGAAGAUGAGCUAUAGGUGUUCGUAGCAGGCACAUGCCGAUAGACGACGAUACUCCGGUCAAGCAACUUUGGAAUGCUGCUCGACCUGUUUAAAAUUUUCGACCGAGUUGGCUUGUACUGCCGCCUCCUGGCGCUUGUGGCUAACUUAGAAUGGUACUAGGUCAGGUGCAAGAAGAAAACAUUUUUGUAACUUUUAACCUUUUCAACUCAGUUAGAUGAACCUGCUCGGUGCAAACAGUUUUCGAAAAGCUAUUUUGCGGGCUUGGGCUUAACUUUGAUGUAUA